UUGUGUUGAUUCAUCUGAUCCGAGCAAACCUAGCAAUUGACGAGACAUAUUAACAACUGCAGAAAGAGUCCUUCUCCUUUCUGUUACUUCACGCAUCUUCAGAGUCCAAGAGAGAAAGUGGCAAUGGCGAUUUGGUGAGAGACUUUAAACUCCAACCAACAACAAGAGUAGAGAGUAAAGACGAGGACGAUGAUGGACAACAGAAAUGUCGUCGUCUGCGACAAUGGCACUGGGUAUGUCAAGUGCGGUUUCGCUGGGGAAAACUUUCCCACCUCUGUGUUCCCUUGCGUGGUAGGAAGGCCGAUGCUACGAUAUGAAGAAUCCCUCAUGGAACAAGAACUGAAGGAUAUUGUUGUUGGAGAAGCUUGCCUAGACUUGCGGCAUCAGUUAGACGUUUCUUAUCCAGUCAACAAUGGUAUUGUGCAAAACUGGGAUGAUAUGGGUAAUGUAUGGGACCAUGCAUUUUUCAAUGAGUUGAAGAUAGAUCCAACAGAAUGUAAAAUUUUACUUACAGACCCACCUCUUAAUCCGUCCAAAAACCGUGAAAAAAUGGUUGAGACCAUGUUUGAGAAGUACAACUUCGCUGGUGUCUUCAUUCAAAUCCAAGCUGUUUUGACAUUGUAUGCUCAAGGCUUACUGACUGGACUAGUCAUUGACUCUGGUGAUGGUGUCACUCAUGUGGUUCCAGUUGUUGAUGGCUACUCAUUCCCACAUCUUACAAAACGAAUGAAUGUAGCUGGACGGCACAUAACAUCUUAUCUUGUUGAUUUGCUUCUGCGUAGAGGGUAUGCGAUGAAUAGGACUGCUGACUUUGAGACUGUUAGGGAUAUCAAAGAGAAGCUUUGCUACAUAAGUUAUGAUUACAAGAGGGAAUAUCAAUUGGGACUUGAGACUACCAUCCUUGUUAAGAAUUAUACUCUGCCAGAUGGAAGGGUCAUCAAAGUUGGCACGGAAAGGUUCCAAGCUCCGGAGGCUCUUUUUACUCCUGAACUCAUAGAUGUCGAAGGUGAUGGAAUGGCUGACAUGGUAUUUCGUUGUAUUCAAGAAAUGGAUAUUGAUAAUCGGAUGAUGCUGUACCAACACAUAGUUUUAAGUGGGGGCAGUACUAUGUAUCCUGGAUUGCCUAGUCGCCUGGAGAAAGAAAUUUUAGACCGUUAUCUUGAAGCUGUUCUGAAGGGAAACAAGGAUGGGUUGAAGAAACUACGGUUGCGGAUAGAGGAUCCACCGCGAAGAAAGCAUAUGGUGUACCUUGGAGGAGCAGUCCUUGCAGGAAUUAUGAAGGAUGCACCGGAGUUUUGGAUUAGCAGAGAAGAUUACCUGGAAGAGGGAAUUGCAUGUCUAAGCAAGUGUGGCCAAGCAUGAAUUUUUGGAUAGGAGAGAGUGUUAGCAUUUAAGUCUUCCAAGAGUUAGGUGGCUAUGCAGUGAUCUAUUUUUGUGAUAAUUCUAGCGAAAGUUUCGCUAUGCCAUAUGUAUCGCCCAAAAAAAAAAAUCUCACCAUGCCAUACCCCUAUCGCUAGGUAUAGGGAAAAAAUUAUGUAUUUUAAUGCUUCCCGCAUAUCUUUAUAUUGGUGGAGCAGAUGUCUAUCAUGUAUAUCAUUGUAACAAUUUUUGUGCUUGAAUUUUCCUUUUAUCCUAUUUGGUCAUAUAUAAUACAGGGAAAUAAAUGAACUUAUAGUUUUGGAGUUUCUAACCA